AUGGUGCUGUGGAUUGAGCAUUGGGCUACUAACCACGAAGCUGGCCUCUCAAACGCACCAGUCACUCCAAGGGGGAAAACAAAUGAAGCUAUCUUAACGUUUGUCUGUGAUGCCUGCAACAAUUUUACACUUCAUGUUCCUUCUAAACUAGAUGCUGAGAAAUUUAUUGGUAGAGUUAACCUGAAGGAUUGCUUUAAAUCUGCAAAUCUGAUUCACUCCAGUGAUCCUGAUUUCCGAAUUUUAGAAGAUGGCUCAGUUUAUACGACAAAUACUAUACUUUUGUCCUCAGAGAAGAGAAAUUUUACCAUAUUACUUUCCAACGCUGAGAACCAAGAGAAAAAAAUAAUUGUACUUUUAGAACAUCAAACAAAGGUAUUAAAGAAAAGGAAUUCUAAAGAAAAAGUUCUGAGACGUGCCAAAAGAAGAUGGGCUCCUAUUCCUUGUUCAAUGCAAGAGAAUUCCUUGGGUCCUUUCCCACUUUUUCUUCAACAGAUUCAAUCUGACACAGCACAAAACUAUACUGUAUACUACUCCAUAAGAGGGCAUGGAGCUGACCUAGAGCCUGUAAAUUUAUUUUAUGUACAGAGAGACACGGGAAACUUGUUUUGCACUCAUCCUGUAGAUCGUGAGCAGUAUGAAUCUUUUGAGUUAACUGCCUUUGCAACAACUUCAGAUGAGUAUACUAUAGAAUUUCCAUUGACCCUAGUCAUCAAAAUCGAAGAUGAAAAUGACAAUUACCCAAUUUUCACAGAAACAACUUACGUUUUUACAAUUUAUGAAAACUGCAGAGUUGGCUCUACUGUGGGACAGGUAUGCGCAACUGACAAAGAUGAGCCUGACACAAUGCAUACACGUCUCAAGUACUCCAUCAUUGAGCAAAUCCCAGCGUCACCUACACUGUUUUCUAUGAACCCCAAAACCGGUGUCAUCACCAUGGCAUCAUCUCAGCUAAACAGAGAGUUAAUUGAUAAAUAUCAAUUGAAAAUAAAAGUACAAGAUAUGGAUGGUCAGAAUUUUGGGUUGCAGACAACUUCAACUUGUAUUAUUAAUAUUGAAGAUGUGAAUGACAACCUGCCAACAUUCACUCGUACUUCUUAUGAGACAUCAGUGGAAGAAAACAGAGUUGAUGUGGAAAUAUUACGUGUUACUGUCGAAGAUAGGGAUUUAGUUAACACUGCUAAUUGGAGAGCUAAUUAUACCAUUUUAAAGGGCAAUGAAAAUGGACAUUUUAAAAUUGUAACAGAUCCCAACACCAAUGAAGGGGUUCUGAUUGUGGUUAAGCCUCUGAAUUAUGAAGAAAGACAGCAGGUCAUCCUGCAAAUUGGUGUAGUGAACGAAGCUCCAUAUACUAAAGGGGGUACUUCAAAAUCAGUCAUGAGUACAGCGACAGUUACCGUUAAUGUGAAGAACCAAGAUGAGGGCCCAGAGUGCAGCCCUCCUGUACAGAUUGUUCGAAUUAAAGAAAAUGCACCUGCUGGAACGAAGAUCAAUGGAUAUAAGGCAUAUGACCCAGAAAGCAGAAGUAGCAGUGGUAUAAGAUAUAAGAAAUUAAAUGAUCCAAGAGGAUGGGUCAACAUUGAUGAAAAUUCAGGAUCAGUCACAGUGUUUAGAAGCCUGGAUAGAGAAGCAGAGACCAUCAAAAAUGGUAUAUAUAACAUCACAGUCCUUGCAUCAGACAAAGAUGAAAGAACAUGUACUGGGACACUGGGAAUUAUACUUGAAGAUGUGAAUGAUAAUGGACCAUUCAUACCUAAACAGACAGUGAUAAUCUGUAAAACCACUAUGUCAUCUGCUGAGAUCGUUGCUGUUGAUCCUGAUGAACCUAAACAUGGUCCACCGUUUGACUUCAGGGUAGACGGUGUACCUGGCUCAGAUGUACAGAGAAUGUGGGUACUGACAAAGCUCAAUGAUACGACAGCACGUCUUCAUUAUCAGAACGACCUUCCAUUUGGACAAUAUGAAGUGCCUAUCAGAGUUACAGAUAAACAGGAGCAGUCUAAAGUUACGGUGUUAAAUGUUUUGUUAUGUGACUGUGUUAUUGAAAACGACUGCACACUUCGUGUGGGUGCAAGAACUGGCAACGGAGAUGUAAGACUUGGAAAAUGGGCUAUCCUUGCAAUAUUGUUAGGCAUAGCAUUGCUAUUUUGUAUUCUAUUUACACUCAUCUGUGGGACUUCUGUGAAAGACAAACAACCAAAAGUAUUUCCUGAUGAUUUAACUCAGCAGAAUUUGAUUGUGUCAAACACUGAAGCCCCUGGAGAUGACAGAGUGUGUGUCACAAAUGGCUUUACCUCCCAUGGUGUGUGCAGUUCGGCUCAGGGAAUUUGUGGAGCUGUGGGAACAGGAAUCAAAACUGGAGGUCAAGAAACCAUUGAAAUGGUGAAAGGAGGACAGCAGACCUUGGACUCCUGCCGAGGGGCAGGGCAUCACCACACCAUGGAAUCCUGUAGGGGAAGUGGAUACCACCCGCUGGACCCCUGCAGAGGAGGACAUGUGGAGAUAGACAAUUGCAGACAAAAUUACUCUGAGUGGCAGAAUGUAACUCAGACCCGUCUUGGCGAAAAGGUGCAGCAGUGUUAUCAGAAUGCUAAUCAGAAUCCUGCUCAAGACUACGUCCUUACGUUCAGUUACGAAGGCAAAGGAUCAGCCGCUGGUUCUGUAGGUUGUUGCAGUGAACGACAAGAAGAAGAUGGGCUUGAAUUUUUGGAUCAUUUGGAGCCCAAGUUUAGGACCCUAGCAGAAGCAUGCAUAAAGAGAUGA